GUGAGGAAGCUGAACAAAAAAAUACUCAUACAUCCAAGUGACAACAUCAAAACCAUUCAUGUUUGUGGUACAAUUGUACAAGAAUUAUUCAACAUAAGGGAAUUGAAAUUCCUAAUGAGAUGCCAAAGAGAUGUAGAUUACAUAUUUUUGCUUGUUGGACAAAGAGCACUUGCUGCAGAAAUUGCUACUUACAGCAAAGCCAUGAGUCCAAAUACAAAGGUAAUUGGAGUCUAACCAGAUGGGGCUGAUUCCGUGAUUCAAGCAUUCUAAGCAAAACAAGUGGUUAAAUAGGAGAUUUUGAGGGAUCUGAAGUACAAGUAUGACGAUCUUACAACUAUAAAAUCUCCGAAUUGCAGUUGAACCUGCUGGUGUAAUAAAAUCAGUUACUUUUUGUAUCAGUUCUUGAUCAGUUUGGUAUUCCAAAAGUGUUUAGGUCCUCAUGAUAAUAUCACGCAUAUUCAAUUAUUAAAAAAGGCCAUUCUAAAGAGAGGCCCAUGUUUAGUAGCAUUGAUGUUGCCAAGAAGGACAGAAUCAAACAAGUCAUGGAGAAUAUGAG